AUGGAAUGCAAUACAUAUGAUAAAUACUCGCGAAAAGAAAGAUUUACGUCGAAUCCUAUCGCUCCCAAGCGUCCCUGUGGUAGUUUAUACGGCUUUAUUUCACCUUUCAUAAAAGCCAUAGUAAAAGAUUUCAGACUUACAAAAGAUCAAUUACCGUCGAAAAAUGAAGCAAUCAUUCCAAUGAUCGUCGAAAAAGCUGCUUUGGGUAUUAUUGAAGAGGGAAAGGAGAUCGGAAAACAAGAUGAUGCCGAAAAAAUAGCAAAGACAUUAUUAAGUAAAAAAGAAUUGGGAAUGGAAGAAGUAUGGAAGUGUUGUGCAAAACUGUAUUCCUUGCCCAGCUUCUUGUAUCAAAAAUUGAAUGAGGCCAUGCGAUUGAUAGGAAGUGAAGAACAUGAACAGGUUUGGCGAAGUAAGGUACAGACAUUAGGACCAUUUAGUCUACUCCUAUGGGACAAUCCAUUCAAUAGCAAGAUGACUAAACCAGACACAAUACUUUAUCGUGGUGCUGAACUGUCUGAUGACUUUAUUGCUUCACUCCAAGAGGAUUAUUUUGCGCAUCCAAAACCACUGCGUUCCUUUCAAGCAUUCACUUCAUGUACUCGAAAUCUCGAAGUAGCUAAGAUGUUCGGUAACGUUUUAUUUGUUAUGGAGCUGUGCAUCGCAUUUACUGUCGAUCUUCAAAAAUUUUCAAAUUUUCCUGAUGAAGAAGAAGAGUUACUAUUGCCUGGUGUUUGCUUCACUAUUGACCAAAUGGAAUUUGACACAGAUGAGAAGAAAUAUGUAAUUUAUUUAACUCUUCAACAAAGACAUGCGAGAACUGAUCAACAUGAAGUAUUUCGGGAUGUAGCACAAAUAAAGCAACAACACUCCAAUCAUUCUUUUUUUCAUUCUAAUCCUAAUUAUCGUGCUAAUUUUGGCGAUCAAUAUGAGCUUAUUUUGCAUAAUAACCCUGCUUUUCAUCUUCUUCGUCGUGAUGAUCAUGAUACUUCUAUUGAUAUGGUGAUUGGUGCUCUUGCUAGUCGUGCGACCGAUCGUUAUAAUCGUUUUGGUCGUGAUAGUGAUUGGAAUGAUGCAUGA